AUGACCAAAUACAUGUGCGGCCGAGUCAGUGAUAAAGGCAGCAUUUACAACCAGCGAGGAAAAGGGGGACGACCCAUCAGUGGGGCGCAGAGAGCCGCCGGCGGGUCCAGGACCCCGGACAACCGGCAGGUGCACCAGCCCGCGCCGCGCGGAGCCUCGCCGGAGUCGCCUCGCGCGAGACCCAGCGGCCGCCGCGGGCCCGGCCGAGUCUGCGCAGAGGAGACCCCCGGGGGGGGGGAGGUGUCCGCCGCGGGAACUGCCCGAGCCUGCGCAGAGGAGACCCCCGAGCGGGCGGGAGGUGUCCGCCGCGGGAACUGCCCGAGCCUGCGCAGAGGAGACCCCCGAGCGGGCGGGAGGUGUCCGGCCGCGGGAACUGCCCGAGCCUGCGCAGAGGAGACCCCGAGAGGGUGCCGCAGGGACCGAGCCUGCGCAGAGGAGACCCCCGAGCGGGCGGGGACGGGCGCCGCGGGCCCGGCCGAGUCUGCGCAGAGGAGACCCCCGGGGGGGGGGGAGGUGUCCGCCGCGGGAACUGCCCGAGUCUGCGCAGAGGAGACCCCCGAGCGGGCGGGGACGGGCGCCGCGGGCCCGGCCGAGUCUGCGCAGAGGAGACCCCCGGGGGGGGGGGAGGUGUCCGCCGCGGGAACUGCCCGAGUCUGCGCAGAGGAGACCCCCGAGCGGGCGGGGACGGGCGCCGCGGGCCCGGCCGAGUCUGCGCAGAGGAGACCCCGAGGGGGCGGGCGGUGUCCGCCGCGGCAGCUGGCGGCGGGGGUGGGGGGACCGCCGGCUCGGGGAGCGCUCCUGACGCGGGCCGAGCCGGGGCUGCGCGAUGGCCGCCGUGAGGGGGCCGUGGCGGAGCGGGAGGCUGGGGUGGCCUGGAGCUCCCUCCUGGGGGGCAGCGCGCUGCCUCUCCCCCAGGCCCAGGCUGCCCCCGCUCCCUGCCCUGCGCUGUGCCCGGAGCCUUUGCGCAAGACCUCGUUUCUGGGCUCCAGGGAUCCAGAGAUCAGGAAUAACAUAAAGGACCAGAAGUCAAAGGUGGACGUUCCUGGAGACAUAGAUCCAGCAAGGGUUGUAUCCAAAGGAUGCCAGAGACUGAUCCGUCAGGAGCAUGGGUUGGUUGAAGCUGCUGACAAUGUGGUCGGGUCAUUGAGGCGUUGGGUGAGCCCCUCACAGGAUGCAGGGGGGCUCCCCGCUUCCCAAGGGAGAGCUAUCAAGGAAGCGAAUCUCAUUCCCGCAAAAGCCAUCGCAGGAGAGAGCGGCCACAGGUGUAAUGGGAGAGAAAGAACACUUGCUGCAGGAGAAAGAUCCCACAGCAGAGAAGCCUGUGGUGAGAGAUUCCAGCAGACAUCAGAGGUCACCCAGCGCCAGAAAACUGGUAGCGUGAAGAAAACCCAUCAAUGUCAGGAAUGUGGGAAAACGUUCAACCGGAGCUCCAACCUGAUCAUCCACGAGAGAAUUCACACGGGAAGGAAACCCUUUAUGUGUGACGAAUGUGGGAAGGACUUCAACCAGAGUUCAAAUCUCAUUAUUCAUCAGAGAAUUCACACAGGGAAGAAACCUUAGCUGUGUCGCGAGUGUGGGAAGAACUUCAACUGGAGCUCCAACCUGGCCAGGCACCAGCGGAUCCACAGUGGCGAGAACCCCUAUGAGUGCCAGGAGUGUGGCAAGGCCUUCCGCGGGAGCUCCAGCCUGGUCCUGCACCAGAGGACCCAUGGCGGUGGCAGGAAGCCUUUCGCAUGCCACCAAUGUGGCAAGACCUUCAGCCAGAGCUCGGACCUGGUCAUCCACCACAGAGUUCACACCGGAGAGAAGCCGUAUGAGCGCUAUGAGUGCAGCCAGAGCUUCAGCCAGAGUUCACACCUGGCCACACACCAGAGGACCCACACCGGGGAGAAGCCCUUCGCGUGCCCUGAGUGUGCGAAGGCCUUCAGUCAGCGUGCGCCUCAGAGGCUGCACAGCGGGGAGAGCCCCUAUGCAUGUGGCGGGUGUGGGAAGGCCUUCAGCGGGCACACAGCUCUGCUCAAGCACCAGAGGCUGCACACGGGCCAGGAUGUGGGCCGGCUGGGACAGCAGAGAACUGAGAGGGAGGAGAAGCCCUAUGAGUGUACGGAGUGUGGAAAAACCUUCCGGGGAAGCUCAGACCUGAUCCGGCACUGGAUAAUCCACACCAGCGAGAAGGCCUAUGAGUGCAGGGCCUGCGGGAAGGCCUUCAGCCAGAGGUCACACCUGCUCACGCACCAGAAAAUCCACACCGGGGAGAAGCCGUAUCCACGCGGCGAGUGCGGGAAAGCCUUCCGGCAGCGCUCAUUCCUCGUCCAGCACCGAAGAAUCCACACCGGGGAGAAGCCCUAUGAGUGUGGGGCCUGCGGGAAGCCCUUCAUUUGGCACACAGCCUUCCUCAAACACCAGAGGCUUCACGCUGCAGAGAAACCCCAGGGACGUGGGAGGACACUGAGCUAGGACCAGGCACCUGGGGACGAGCGGAAAACUCAUGGGGAAGAGAGAGCGCACUGGCGCGGCCAGCGUGCCAGAACCUUCCAGGGCAGCUCGGACCUCAUGGGACUUCCGGUGACUCACGCAGGAGGGAAGCCCCAUGCAUGUGCAGAGUGUGGGAAAUCCUUCCAGCAGAGCUCAGACCUCACAAGGCACCAGAAAAUCCACAGCGGGGAGAAGCCUUACCCCUGCGCUAAAUGUGGGAAGUCCUUCAGGGACAGCUCCGACCUCAUUAAACACCACCGUGUGCACACAGGAGAGAAACCCUACAAUUGCCCCGAAUGUGGGAAGGCCUUCAGCCAGAACUCCCACCUUCUCAGUCACCAGAGGAUCCACACUGGAGAGAGACCCUUUGAAUGCGGCGCCUGUGGGAAGGCCUUCGGGGGCUGCACGGCCUUCCUUAAACACCAGCGGCUGCACCCCGGGGAGGGGCCAGGGCGCGGCGACAGAGCCCACAGACAGGACUCGGAGGUGAUGGAACCCUAAGGGACCCAGGGCGCGCCUGAGGGAGGCCAUUCUUAUUGCACUGUCAAGGUGUUUAUCACUGGAAAGCAUCUGGAGGCAGGAAGACGUACAGGCCAUCCUUCUGACUCCAAGUUGACACUGGAUGUGGUCCCCGGGAUGUAAUCACUGGACAAUGUUUUAGGGGAUGUCUACUGUCAUUAAAGUCAUUAGAAGUCACCAUGGCAACAGCCCCAGAACUAAAUUCUUCAUGAAAGGAGCCAUUUCAGCCCUGACCCCCUGGCCCAGGGACAGGUCUAAAUCUGCUUUACGUACUUUAGGGGUGGUUCCCGUUAGGGAUGUGCUUUAUAUGUAUGUCUCCCCCUCUUCUCGUUCUUACACAUGUGUGAUGAUGCUAACUGCAAAGAUCCACGAAUUGGGAGGAAGCCACAAUGACAGGAGGACAGCUGGACGCCAGGAAACAAGGGCCAGAGGAGGGUGUCCCGCAGAGAAAGCGGGGUGUCCUCUGGUAGCCCCAGGAGAUAGGAGAGCAGGUGUCAGGGACAGAAUCAGAGCGUGCACCAGGGCACAGCGCAGAGGUGGCCUGAGCGGGGAGGAACUCUACUGCAAAAGGUCAGGGGACUGUAGGGACAGUGGUUUUGUCUCGACCCAGGGCUUUGCAAGGGGACACAGCUGGUUUGAGAACUGGAGGGGCCAAGUGGAACCCUGGAGCUCACGAAGCCUGGUGAUUAGGCUCCACCCAUCUGGGCUGUCAUGGCCAAUCAGCACUAGGCUUUUCCCACCUGGGCGGUUAUGGCCAGUCAGCGUAAGGCUCUGCCCAUCUGGGCGGUCACAGCCAAUCAGCAUUAGGCUCCGCCUGUCUGAGUCCCCACAGCCAAUCAGCAUUAGGCUCUGCCUGUCUGAGUGCUCACAGCCAAUUAGCAUUAGGCUCUGCCCACGGGGGUGGUCACAGCCAGUCAACUGUUCUGUUCCUACUGAGCCCGGACACAGCCGCAGCACUUAAAGGGAUGCUCGAGGCAAAAGCUUUUCAAUCCCUCCUAGUUGACACUAGAGACAAAACCUACUUGCCAUCUCCCCCCACAACUACCUAUUGAUUAUAUCCACUAAGUGACCAAGAAGAUCAAACUGUCACUCAGUGUCUCAAGUCUCAGGCAAAAAAACUCAUGUCAGGGGCACCUGGGUGGCUCAGUCGUUGGGCGUCUGCCUUCGGCUCGGGUCAUGAUCCUGGGGUCCUGGGAUCGAGCCCUGCAUCAGGCUCCCUGCUCUGCGGGAAGCCUGCUUCUCCCUCUCCCUCUCCCCCUGCUUGUGUUCCCUCUCUCGCUAUCUCCCUGUCAAAUAAAUAAAUAAAAUCUUAAAAAAAAAAAAAAACAAAACUCAUGUCAUAAGCAACUUUUGAAGUAUCCAGGCUGCUCACCACGAUCCACCUGACUGUCCUUCUCACCCAUAGAGGUGCGGUCCCCAGCAACCAAGUUCACCAUGUGUGACCCCCACACAGCCCCACUCUCUCCCCUGCCUGCCUCUUGCCCUAAGCUGGAACAACUGGACCCUCUUUUCUGAGAUUCUGGAACUCGGAAAAUCUAGUUCAGCCAGGGCUGGUCUUUUAAAUAAAGGACGUUUUAAGACCCAGGAGCUGAAGUAGUAAAGGAGGAAGGCGGUCUGCAGAGAGAAGAAUGAAGUGGACCCACAUAAUGAUUCAGAGGCUCUCCAGGGGUGUCUCUGACAAUCAGCCAGCUUUGGGGAUGUUUGUACAGACCACAGACGCCAAAGUAGGGUUUAGAAGCCUAUCUCUUUCCCAGAUUACAGAACCAUUUUUGAGAACUUAGAAGCUCAAUCCAAACAUCGAAAUGUUUUUACAUUGAUCACUUGCCUCCCCUUCUAGGAAUUUCUUUUCUCCUAGCGUGAGAAGGCAACUAUUUAUACUUUUAAUAUGGUUCAGAUAAUGAAAGGAAAACCGAGAGCAAGGAAUGGAAGCUAACACAGGAAAUCUCCGAAGGGAGACUCAGGACACCCAGUACAGAUGCCCACGGGUCUAAAUUCUCGCACCGGCGAAUGUGAGAGCAGCUUGGAGAGGCGGCGGGCAGACCCAUCAGAGGCUGGACAGUUACAGUCCCCUUCUGAGGGGGACACGGGCUUCAGCCAAGUGAGCAUUCCCCUUAACCAAACCCGUGUAGGAGAGGGAAAGCUUGCACAUCAGGAGGAAGUGAGAAUGUGCCAUCUGAACCCACCUGCCACACAUCAGCUGCUGCUAUAAGAGCAGGGGGCACGUGGCCAGACCUUCAAACAGAAGUCAGGACGGACUCGGCAUCAGGAAACCCAUACCCCAGGAAGAACCUGUAAGCGUAAGGAGUGCGGGGCGAUUUUCAGCAGGAGCUCACACCUGGUGAUACACCAGAGGAUUCACACAGGGAGGAGACUUUACGUUGGUGGUGACCGUGGCAAAGAUUUCGGUCAGAGCUCCAAUCUCCUCCACCAUCAGCGGGGAGUCUGCUUCUCCCUCUCCCUCUGUCGCUCCCCCUGCUGUUCUCUCUCUGUGUCAAAUAAAUAAAUACAAUCCUUUAAAAAUAAAUAAACAAAUGC